UUCUUUCUUUUCCCCCCUUAUUGUCUCUCCAAAUCUGUAGAGAAACAUCAGAUUUUCACAAAGAAGUUUAUAGAUCAAAGCAACAUAAGAAUCUAUGAAGAAGUGUGACGUUAUGAAGAUAUUAAAAGAGAAGAACAAGAUGAAAAAGAGUGGGUAUGUUUCUUUUAGGGACAUAAGUGUUCAUUUGGUGGAUACAGAGCUCCCGUUAUUUUUCAGCAACAUUGACAGAGAACAGAGACUUAAUUCAUCUGAAGUUAUUUGAGAAAUGGUGCAUACUAGGUUAUAUCGCUUGGUAAUAGGGUUAAUCUUAUAUGGAUGAAUGGUGAUCUAAACAUGCCAGAAUACUUGACGGAUGAUGGAGAUUUUAAUAGGUUUUGGAAGGAAGCUGAACCUAAUGGUAAGGGUUUCAUUGAACUUGAAGUUACUGUUAUUAACCCUGAAGAUGAAUAUGAUGCAGAUAAGAUGAAGCAGGUAGUGGUCACACCAAAGAAGAAAAAUCUUGAUUCUGUAAAUGUGGUUGUUAGGAGAUCACGUAGACUUGCAAAAAGGAGGAUGUUAGAUGAACAAAUGGGUGUUGAACAAGUGGAAUAUGUGCAUGUUAAUGUUAUAAGGUCACCUAGACUUGCAGAUAAAAGGAGGAUGUUAGGUGAACAUAUGGGUGUUGAACAAGUGAGAGCUAAACAAGUGUCAAGACAAUUGAGUUUUAUGGACUUGUUGAAUCAGGUUGAAAGUACUAAUGUCAAUUCAGGUUUGAGUCAGGCCAGUGUUGGUGAUAACUUAUGGAAUGGAGGGUGUAGCAGUCAACCAUCACUAGUAGUUGAAGAUGAAGGUAAUGAAACCUUUAAUGGGGAUUAUUGGUUAAGUGUUGUGAAUGAUGACCAUGUAGAUGAAUGUACAAUGCUUCCUAAUGAUUAUGUUAUUCAAAUAGAUAAUGUAGAUGUUGAUGAUUGUCACCCUGUGGAGAAAAUGGAACCUCCUGUGUUGUUUGAUAGUGAUGAAGAUAAUGACAGAGAUUAUGUUGCUGAGUUUGGUAAAAUGUAUCAAGGGGAAGAAGAUGUUAGUGAUGAAGAAGAUGAUGAAGAGGGUGAUGAAGUUGAAGAUAAACAUGUUCAACAACAACCUGAUUGGUUUGAACCAUUCAAAUCUGACUACAAAAACUACUUUGAUAAAGAUGAAGAAGAACCAAUGUUUCCUGAAUAUGAAGACAUACCCACUAUUGACCCAAGUAUUAUGGUUGUUGGAACCACUUUUGCUAGCAAGGGAGCUUUUAAAAGACAUUUAAGAGAUUUUUGUGGGUUGAAAUGGGUGCCAAUUUAAGAUGAGACUUACUGAUUCUAGGAGAGUGAAUGAUAUAUGUAGAUUCAAGGAGUAUAGUUUUCCAUGGUUUGUGUAUUGUUCAAAAGGGAAAAAGACAGGUAACUGGUCAAUUACUAGUGUGGAUCUGAAUCAUACAUGUGUAGGUGAUCCAAAUAUGUAUAAUAUAUCUGCUUAUAAGCAUUAUGUUUGUGAGUGGGUGUUAGACAAACUGAAGAGCACUGCAUUUAAAGUUAUUUUUAAGCCAAAUCAAAUAGUUGAAGAUUUUUUAGUUACAAAGGAGUUUUUUGGGAAGAGAGAGAGUGUCUGCGACUCGGUGAAUCGGCGAUCGACUCAAGUCAACAUUUUUUCUUCCUUCUUCGUUUUCUGUGUGAAUCACAUCUUAAAUUCCGGUGAUUUCUCUUUAUUUCAAAUGAUUGGUGUUAAAAAUAUGAUAGUAAAUGAUCGAUAAUCUGUCUGAAACACUUAUUAAUCGAUCGGAAACAAUUUUUUCUGAAUCGAA